AUGACAUUAGAGAGCACUGAUUUAGCUCUAUACACAUCAUUGGGCUGCGCGAAUAUUUUAUUCUCCGGAUUAGUGGUACUUACUUUUUUACACUCAAAAGAGCUUCGACAACAUCCUUCAGGGCUGAUUGUUUGUCUUAGCAUAUGCGAAAUUAUUAUGUCUUUCCACAGCAUAAUUUUUGUAUGGGAUACUGAGUCGGUUAUAUCGAUCUAUCAACUACUCCCAGGACUGGCUGACCACUUGGGCUACACAAUUGGGCAUCAAACAAUUUCUCUGAUUCUGUGUGGAAUUAAUCAAGUUAUGCUAUCAAUUGGGAUUGUCGGAAGUUUAUGCUAUAACAUUGCAAUAUGCUUAGAUCUAAUUGUCACCUUGUACAACCCGUUUAUUUCUGGACAGAAAAGGAAAAAGUUUUACCAUAUCGCCACUUUUUUGACGACAGCUUAUUUUGUUUCCUAUGUCAACUGGGAAAACCAAUUUAUAUCAAGAUGCAUUGCAGAAAACAAAGAUAGACUCGAAAUUGCAGUAUCUGGAGCUAUUGAAAUAUUAUUGGUCGUUUUUUUUGGAAUAGGGCUGAUUUCUGUAAUUUAUGCGGCAUGGAGGUUCACAAGAGGUCUGAAAAUGAUUACAGAUCACAGCCGGCAGUAUUUAAUAAGGCAUAUAUUAUAUGUUUCUGCGUUUAUUUUGCUAUGAAUGUGGCCUACCCUAAGCUAUUUUUCGAAAAAGUCUAAUGACGUAAAUUUUGAUAUAGACACAGUUGCCCUUGUAGCUUAUUUGUCCUCUGGCUUUUUUUUAGGGAUCAUUCGUACAUGCGAUCCUUUAUUUUGGAAAAAAAUUAAAAAAUGUGCAAUCUUUAAGCGCGAAGAAAUAGAUAUGACUGCUGAUGAUGCUUGAAAUUUGCCAAUUGCAGCUGUUGUAUUUGGGAAAUUAAAUAUAGAACUGGCUUAUUGUAUUUUUUCUAGUCUGCAUGGGCUAUUUAUGAGAAGAAAAUACUCAAAAACCCAAUUCACUGAUGGAAAUCCCUAUUUAAAAGUGGAGAAGCACAAGCUUUUUCACUAUUUAAAAGACACAGCCAAAAUUUGGGGAAUAGCCGACUCAAAAUUGCCACAAGUUGUAAUAAAAGAAUUUGCACCUGAUAUUUUUGAAGACAUAAGGGAAAUUUAUAAUUUAUCAUAUGAAGAUGCAUUAAUGAGCCUUGAUCCAUAUGAGAAUAAAGAAAAUAUGUUUAAAGUUGACGAAAGCUCAGGAAAAUCCGGAAGUUUUUUCUUGUUUACAAGUGACAAUAGGCUUUCUAUUAAAACAAUUAAGCGCAAGGAAAAGAAAACUAUGCGAAAAAUCCUCAAAGACUACCAUAUUCAUUUAAAAAAUAAUCCUCAUUCCAUGUUGUGCAGGAUUUAUGGACUCUAUACAAUAAAAGUUCCUGGUGUAACUUCUCUAGACAUUAUUCUUAUGCAAAAUGUCCUCUAUGGGGUAGAACCUUUAUUCACGUUUGAUAUCAAAGGUUCAACAGUCGGCCGCACAGCUUGCGAUAAAGGUAAACCGAGCGGUCCACUGAAGGAUUUGGACUUAAUUAAAUUUAAGCAUAUUUUUGAGCUUUCUGAAGAUGAUAAAAUUCGAAUUGUCGAUAUCAUUGUAAACGACUCAAAGUUUUUGUAUAGUCACAAACUAAUGGAUUACUCCUUGCUGCUUGCAAUUUGCAAGAAUUGUGAUGAAAGCUCAGCGAGAUAUAUCCAGUCUCUUGACCCAAAAUACAUAUAUACGAUGGGAAUCAUUGAUUUCUUGACAGAAUUUAACUAUUGAAAGUAUAUGGAACUUGCUUAUAAAGCUGUUAUCCAUGGGAGAAGAAGAGCUGGACAAAUUUCAGUGGCAACUCCAAGAAAUUAUGUGAAUAGAUUUGUUUAUUUUAUAUUUAGUGUCGUUGUCCAAUUAGCGCAGAAGUCUUCAUCUUUUAAUAUUGACUGGAAUAGCUCUGGAGCAAGGUAA